GCUCCAGACCACCCUCUCUAGAAUCCAUCUCGCCCUCGCUCUCUCUCUCUCUCUCUCUCUCUCUCUGUCUGACGGAAUCCAUUAAGUUCGGACAUGCAACGCGUACGGUGCCGGCCUUUUAAUGACGGUGCCUGUUUGCAACUAACGGCGGGAUCGGCCAAAGCGCCGUUAUCGAUCGACGUGGCUGAAACGACAGAGAAGAGGAUCCAACGACUGGUGGCGGAGAAUCCGGUAAUCAUCUUCAGCCGACCGUCGUGCUGCAUGUGCCACGUCAUGAAGCAGCUGCUGACGACGCUAGGCGUCCACCCCACCGUGAUCGAAUUGGACGAAGGGGAGAUGGCUGCGCUCACCGCGCACGGUAGCGAGGCGGAUUCCGGUCCGCCGGCGGUUUUCAUAGGUGGGGACCACGUCGGGGGUCUGGAGAGCCUCAUGGCCCUCCAUCUCAGCGGCCGCCUCGUGCCCAAGAUCCGAGAAGUUGGCGCGGCCUGGCUAUGACCGUUAUUGUAAUUACCACCUCUAACCGAGGGUAAUAUUGUAAUUCGGUAGAGCCAUCUCUUCUCCUUGCACUUGGUAGGUAUUCCUGCGAAAUCUGGACCGUUCGUCUAGUGGCUCCCCCUACGGAUUGUAAGAUAUCUAUAAAUCACAGUCUCGGAUGAUCCAGACCAUUCAAAUCAAUGGCCUUCAAAUCUGGGCAUCAGUAGACAUUCUGCAGUAAGGCUUGCAAUAAAAUUAACAGACGUGAUCAUGAUAUAAUCUGAUUAUUAAGCUUUGUAUCAUCCACCCACUACGGACGCUCUGGAUCUCAAGCUGCCACGUGUACGGAGCAGAGAUGGAUAUUCCGGUAUAUGGUGUCUUGGGUUCUCCCGUAUCUUUUUGCUUGUAAUGCAUGAUGGGGUUAGAUUUUCUUCUUUUCCAGGCUGUUU